CAGAAUGAAGAUUAGGGAUGGAAGAUCGCCCUCUUGCUCGCAUUGGCCCAACCGGUGGUGGUGAUGUUAGAGCAUCCUGUAAGAAGUGCGGCUAUCCAGGUCACCUAACUUACCAGUGUCGGAAUUUUAUAAAGGUGUUUGGUGGCAAUGAAACUAACAUUGUUCUGUGAUUGUUGGGGAAUGGUUUAAAUGCAUGGGAUUAGAGAAUGAAGAAGUCUCAUGACAAGGACAAAAUUAAUAAAAGUGUUAAGUUUUUGUUGCAAUAGUUUAGUGUUGGUUAUUACUUCUUUCUUUACCGUUAAAAGUUUUCCGAGUUAUAUAUGUAUGUAUAUACAUGUAAUUUAUAGUAUGUAUGUAGCAAGAGAGAAGUUAAAAGCUACCAAAGAGUAUUUAGUACUGGUGCAGUACUCAUUAUUUGGCAAAAAUAUUUUGCUUGCCUCCUCUGUUGUCUGAUAGGUGUUUGCAGUGUAAUAGAAUGGAGACGUAUUCAUCUCACAACGAAGGUGAUGUUCUCCCACAAGAUACCAAGGAUGAGAUGAUUGAUGAAUAUCUUAACAGUGUUAUUGUUGUGGGAAAAGAAGUAGCCAUAAAAAGAUACAGUUCAGAUGAAAGCAAGAUAUGUAAAAUUAGGGAGCUGGGUAAUGAAUUUGUGAUUUUAGAAUUCAGUGGAGAUGAGACAGAAGGUGAGGAAAAUCUGAAAAUUUGCCCACAAGAAUUUUUAUCAACCAAAACUGUCAAAUGUAGGGAAAGUCCACAUUACCAGGACUCUGCUACUAACUCUUUGAAAGAUGAUUUGGCCCCCUUAAUAAAGGCGGAUAAGAAUGAAACCUCAUCUACUAAGUCUCCAUCAAAUCGUAGGCUCUUCAACUGUCUGGAAUGUACAAAAGUGUUCAUUAGUCAAGUGGGUUUUGAUAGGCACUUGACGGACCACCACCUUGAUGAAUUUGAUGGCCACAUUAGUAAUUGUGAGGCUUUUAAUUGUUCUGAAAGCUGUGGAAUAAGCCCCUCAAAUGUAACAGGAAAAGUUAAGGAGAUUGGGGAACAGAGAGUAACAACUGAAGUUUUGGGCACAAGAUACAAAGAUGAAGAUUUGGUAAGUAGUAAAGGAAGUGAAAUGAUGCAAAGGGAAGAAUUGCAAGGUGAAGAAAGCUACGAUACAGGUACUACAUGUGAUGAAGAAUUAGCAGUCAAAGAUGAGGAGUUUCAGUUUAAGUGUAGUAGUUGCAAGAAGUCUUACAGAAAUCGUCGUGGUCUUAAUCGCCACCUCAGAGUUCAUAAGGGUGAGAAACCCUAUUUAUGUUUGGUUUGCUGCAAGAGGUAUUCGUAUAAACAUGAUUUACACAAUCAUGUGAAAAGCCACACCGAUUCUCCACUGGAAAUUCAUAAGUUGUCCGAUUAUGUGGAUAAACCAUUCAAGUGUGGUGUUUGUACAGAGCAAUUUUCCUUUGAGUUUGACUUUGAAAGGCAUUUAAGGGAGCAUGAAAAAGGUAUUGAGGGCAAAGUUAAAGCUUUGGAUAAAGGAGUAUUGGAUAAAGGAGAAUUGCAGGAUAACCAAAUCCCUACAGUAAGUAGUACAUCAGUUGUUGAAGAAAGCGUGGAUGAUGAUGUAAACCUCUCAGUAAGUGAAGCUAGUGUGGAUAUGGAGAGUACUGAGAAUCUGUACUUGAAAAAGCUAAGGCCAAAAAAAUUGAAGUCUCAAGAUAAAUUGAGCCACGGAAACUUUGAUAUAUGCAUUUACUGUAAACAAGAGUUUGCAAGCAGGGAAAGUUAUGAUGGGCACUUUACAAAUCCACAAGGUGUUAAGCCUUAUAGGUGUUGUGUAUGCUUCAGGGGGUUUUCUUAUAAACAGUGUUUACAGAAACAUUUGGAAAAUCAUGUGUCUGGUGCAGGAGGUGCUAAUGACACACUUAAGGCCACUAAGAGAAAACUUUCGAAGUGUAAAUUUUGCAAGAUAAUCUUUGCAUCAAAUUUUGAGCUUCAGGACCACUUGCAGAUUCAUGGAAAGACUGUUGAAAAGAAAAAGAAAGUUCGGGAAAAGCAUUUUGAGUGUGAAGUAUGUGGGAGGGAGUUUGCUUUUGAAAGAGCUUUUCUGAAACAUUGUCAAACUCACAGUAUGGCACAUUUGUACCGGUGUUUUGUAUGUGAAAGAAAGUUUAUGAACAAGAGGAAAAUAAGCUUUCACAUGAAAGGUCACAACAAAGGAGGACAUGAUGAAGCUGUACCAGACUGUGCAGAGGUAGGGCAAGGUGAAUAUAUGAAGAAUAUAGAAAUGUGUGGAAAACACCACAAUGGUGAUGUUAAUAAUUCAAUGGAAAGCAAUUUAGGUGGUGAAAAUGUUCAUGUUGCCACUGAAGUUCCAGAAUGUUUUGGACACCCAAAGAUGUGCAAAUGUAUUACAUGUAAUGGUGACCCAGUAAAAGAAAAAAGGGAACAGAGCACUUGGGAAUUCUUAGAAGGCUGUGAUGAAUCUCGUGAGAGUAACAGUCGGCCAUGUCAUAUGUAUCGAAGACCCUGUGAGCAUGAGCAGAGUGGUUCUAAAAGUUGUGUGUGUUUACAGUGUAAGAAAACUUUUCAGAAUAGUGGAAAGUUAGACAGACAUAAGCUGAUUUGUUCCAAAUUAAUUUCUGUUAAUUUAAUCAUUAACAGUCUACUGUAAUGGGGGCUCAGCAGUGACUGCAUACUUUUUUCCAUGAAGGUAUUUGCUCUUAUUUAAUUUUACAAUGUUUAAAUGAAUUGUUAAGUUUUUAAUGUUGUUUGAACCCAAUAUGUUGUUAAGAUUAGUGCAAUCAGGAAUGAUCUCUUGUAAAAGACAAAUUGUCUUAGAAGUGUGUGUCAUUGUUUUUGAACCAGACUACUAAUUUAAUGGUUUGGUUGGCACCGCAUGGAGUUUGAUUAUUGAGUAUUUUUGUUGAUAUUUUGGACAGGCUGACUUUAAAUAAGGUUUUGAAGUUUUUUUCAUGAAAAAUACUGUAGUACGUACUUGUUUUCCAAGUAAUAAUAAAAUGUUUCUAUUUCUGAAAUGUGGUGCAGUUUAUUCUUUAAAUAAAGUAACAAGAAAUAUGGUUUUUUAACCUAAAGGCAUAAUGUAGUACACUAUUUCACUAGUCUAAAAUGGAACUUGUUUUUUUAUGAGUUUACUGCUAAGAAACUUUAAGGAAAAAAAGUGUGCCACUUAGCAUGCACUUAUUCUUAAACUAGUGUGCCUUGCGCCCUAGGUGUAUUGUCACAGCAUUUACUAUAGUCAUGCAUUCCCUUAGGCUGCUUCUCCCUUGGGUGUCUAACUCGACUUUUAAACUGCUCGACGUUCGUGUCUUGCUGAAGAAUAGAUCCUAUGAAUAAUCCCUUUGGAUAAUGAGUCGGAAAUGCAAUUCAGUAUGUUACGACAACUCCGUCCAUUGGGCACUUGUCAGAUUGUGUAGAUACAGAGUCCUGCAUUGCUUCAACACUUGACUUACAACUAUUCAGAGUUCAAUUAAAAAUACAACCUAGUGACUCAGAGUAAAGGGUAUUGGACUUUCUUUCUUUCUUUCCUUUUUUUUUUUUUUUCAAAUCACGAUUCUGUGAGCAGCAUCACCACAGCCUCCAUACAGAAAUGGCCUCGGAAAUUUUCACUCUGUAUGUAUAGUAAUUGUUAUCCAGAUUUACUGAAAAUGUGUGCAUUCAAAAGUGACUUGAGUUGCAUUUGAAUGAUGCAUCAUAAGCAAUCCAAAUGGUUUACUGAUGAGUUAUGAUCUAUGCUUAUCAAGAAAAAAAUGUAAUGCUGGUACAGCAGAUAAAUAUAGACAUUCAUCUCGGUGAUUGUUUGGCUGCAACCCUUUCAAUUCCUUUUACUGUACCUCUGUUCACAUCUUUUUCCAUCUUGCUCUCCACCCUUUUCUAACAAUUGAUUCAUAGUGGAACUUCAAGGUUUUUCUCCUGUUACACCUUUCAAACCUUUUUUUAUUUUAGUGUCUUAUUUCCUUUUAGUGCUGAAUGAUGUCAUGGGUCCCUGCGCUCGGCCUUUGGCCUAAAUUUUAUAUCCUAUACUAAGACCAGUAAAUGCCAGGUUGUAACAAUGGUGAAUCCUAAAUAAAGCCAUAUAAUGUGGCAUUCUUCAUUUCAAGAACUAGAUGUAUUCUAGUUUUCAAGAUUGGUCACACAUCUUCCAAAGAUAGUUUAUGAAUGACCUACAUGUUCUAAUUCUUGGAUUCUUAUAGUUAUAUGCAAAAGGUUUUCUAAUCAUUGAAUACUUGAUCGCAUGAUUUGGUACUAAAAAUUUCCUCAUUCUUGAAUACUUAUAGUAGUUUGGUACUACAAAUUUUCUAAUUUUUUAAUACUUAUAGUGUGAAAGUAAAGAUUUUGUACUUCUUAAAUGCCUAUAGUUCUAUGCUAAAAAUCUUAGCACUAGAGGCUAAUGUUCUAAUUGAAGAGUGUAGGAGGACCAUCACUAUGGUAUUUGAGAGCAAACUUUUGGGUAACAAUAGUUAAAUGAGUGAGGAAGUUGUGGUGGUAAACUCCUCAGUAACUCGUUUAAAUCUUUGCAGCAGUUAUGGGAACUUACAAAGAAAGUAAGGGGAGAUUUUUAACAGGAGGGGAUAAAAAAUUAGAAGAUUCAUGGCAAGGAGUUGGAUAUUUUAUGAUGAGAAAGUGGCAGAGAUGUGGUUAAAAAUGCUGAUGAAUAAACAGUUUUGAAAGCAGAUGUAAAUUGCAUAAAAUGAGUAGAGGGAGCUUUCUUUUAAGUUACCUGAUGAUGAAUAAUACUGACUUAAUAUUACUGUACUAUACAAGACUCAGAAUGAAUGAGUUUCAUGCCAGAUUUACCAACUGUUUAAAAGAUUAGCUGUACAUGUACUGUAUAUCAGUAGGCAGCAAUCUUUUCAAAGCCUGGUGAACCAGUGUUCUGUGGAAUCUUAAAUCCUAGUGAGAUAUGAUAUUUGAACAAUUGGCUCUAAAACCAAGCACUUACAGCAAUGAUAAGAGGGAGUUGGAUUUGUUUGACAGCAAGGAGGAAGAAAGGAAUUGGGAAUGGAGGUAGAGUAAAAUAUUGAAAAGGGGGUGCAGCUACGGGACAAAGGGAGGCUGCAAAAAACACUUAGUAAUGCCUACUGUUGCAGCACAUUAAGUGUACUGGGGUCACAGUGAGCGACCUUACGGGUUUAGUGCUAGCAGUGGGUAUCCUGAAUGCACUAUAUGCAUUACUAAAGAGUUUGCAGCAUCCCUUCAGCCCAUUGCCGCACCUACUUUUUAGCCUUUUUACAUCAGAUCAAUUCCCAUCUUUCUCUCCAACAGCUCCUACUUCCUUUUUUCACAGAUUUAGGCACUGAAUGGCUCAAAGUGCCCCAUUGCCUGGCCUUUAAAUAUAGCUUAAUUUUUAUAAAUCAAAUCACAAUGAGAGGCAGUCAUCAAACCACUGCAGUGCAAUAAAAUAUUAACCAUAUUUUUUUUUUUAAGUGAAAUUGAAUUUUGUAAUAGUACCCUGACUGAUGUGCAGUGUGUUAGCAAUUAGUGUUUCUGUAUGACACUUUUCUUCAAAUUGCAGAAUUAAUUUGUGUAAUUUUCUUAUAUGGUGACAAUUUAUGAAAAGUUAUGGAAUUACGAGUCCACAAAUGUGACUCACAUUAAAAUUAUACAAUACAGUAUUAUGAAAUAGCAAUAGUGUUUGUUUAGUUGUCUUGACUUCUAAGGCCCCGUCCACACGGGCGAGCUUUGCUCGACGAACUUUGUUCGAUGUGACGUCGGAAGCGGAGAAACCGCGGCAAAGUUCUGAAUUUUCUCGCUGUUUCAACGCUUCUGACGUCACAUCGGACAAUGUUCGUCGACCAAAGCUCGACUGUGUGGACGGGGCCUAAGAGAAACCAUAGUUUCAUUUUAUUAAACAGGCUGCAACCUGUAUUACAAUGGGUUCCAUUCCUACACAGCAACGUAAACCAAAAAAUGGUGUAACCCAAGACAUCAUCGAAAAUUGUAAGAAAACCUUACUUUUACCUGUUUGGAUGUCCUGAAAAUUACAUAACCUGCAUUU